AACGGUCACAUAAAGCCAUGUCGGACACUGAAUGGGUUUCUCGUCAGAGAAAGUUUGCCAGCACAGGAGUCUGGCCAUCAGAUGGCAACAGGCCAGCUCCGAGGCAGAAGAAGUGGCACGAGAUUUAUCAAAGGAUUGAAAAAUGUCCGAUGCAAUCCCGUGGCCAGUUGACCUUGCUUGGAGCGGUCCAGAAGUGCGCAUGUGGUUUUCACACUCAGAAGCCCACUGCCUCUUCUGAACAAACACAGAGGGUCAGAGAACAACAGCCUGCUGCUGCAGCGGCACAGGAGCAGAGUGAACCCCAGCCUCAGGCCCGGCCGCAGCCUUCACCAUCAAGGAUAACUCCGAGUUUGUCAAUGUUUACCAAACCAAGGUUUAGCGGGUCUCACAUUGCUGCAGCGAAGCCAAAUUUGAGUGCGGCUAGAAGACCAUCUCGUGUGGAUGACCAACCCAGCGCAGCAGUGUCCAGUGCCCCGAAACCAAGCACCACUGUCUCUGUAUGCCUGUGAUCUGAGAGUCAUUAGAUUCCUGCGUGAGCGUGGCCUAGGCAACAGUCCUACACGGGUCAUCAAACAGCUGCAUGAGAACCACAGCGAGGAGUGGCUCAAGUGUCUGGCCCGGUACACCACCCAAUGUGUUGACUUCGUCAACCGCCCUGGAGUGUUGCCAAUAAAAUUCCAGGAGCCCCCAAAGCCUACAGUGGUGCCAAGCUGGAAGUGGCUUCUCACUGUUUACAGCCGAGACAUCCUGACAAGGCUGGAUGAAAUCCAUGCCAGGAUAACAUCCACUUACGGCACAGUGUUAAAGAUGGAUUCAACUAAAAAGACCACCAAAAAGCUGGCAGGGACAGCCAGAGGAAGGGGACUGUGGCUCACCUCUGUUGGCAACGAGUUUGGCCAGGUGCUCAUCAGUGUCUUAACAGCCCAGGAAGGAGCAGGACUGGACAAGAUGGUAGACGGUCUUGUGAAACGCUACCAGCAGGCCGGUGUGGAUCCACCUGCCGUGUUGAACGUCGACUGUGGGUGCUGCACUGAGGUGGGAGAGACCAAGCUGAAAGCUAGGUUCAGUGGAUGGCCAGAUCUCCUGAUAAGGCUGGACAUCUGGCAUUUUAUGCGCAGGAUCGCCUUGGGAUGUACGACCGACGCCCAUCAGCUUUACCCCAUCUUCAUGUCACGACUGUCAGCGUGCAUCUUUGAAUGGGAUGGUGCUGAUAUUUCUCUGCUCCGCAAAGCCAAGAGAGAGCUGCUGAUGUCCCGGGUUGGCCUGCGCUGA